UGAGUGUCUCCGUCGGUCAGGACCGACGCACCGGAGGAGCUGAGCGGAGCAGCAACAUGGCUGCAGAUUACUGGGAGUCAGAAGGACCCGAGACUCUGUCAGACUGAACCGAGCCGAAGACAACCCGGAACCGACCGGGACAAACUCUCCCGGUGUGGUCUCCAGGCUGGCGGCCCCGCCCCCUUUAGAGUCACGCCCUCCCCUGCCCCCUCGGCCCCCCCUCAUGGAGAGGAUGAGGAAGAUCAAACGGCAGCUGUCGCUCACUCUGGGGAGGGGUGGGGCCGGGGGAGGGGACCGGACGCUAAGUGACUCAAUCAACCAGGAAGCGACAUCACACAGUGACUCAGAGGUGAUGUCUCUUCGUGGUUCUUCUGGAAGUUUGAAGGUGCGAGGUUCCUCUUCCUCCGUUCAGUCUCUCCUUCAGUCGUACAGCAGCUCGCUGAGGAAACCUCGAGGCCUCGGACGCAGCCUGAGCUCCUACCUCAACCACACCGCUCGACUGGAGAUCGUCCAUGAGGAUGUGAAGAUGAGUUCAGACGGAGAAAGUGAUCUGGCUUCUUCUUCAGACGGCGUUCAGAGUCCAGUUAAAGUGAGACUGAGAAACAAGAAGAUCUCAACUGAGGACAUUAACAAACGCCUCUCGUUACCGGCCGACAUUCGUCUUCCUGACGGUUACCUGGAGAAGUUUAAUAUGAUUGGUCCAGCGUUGUUCGAGCAGCCAAUCAGCAGACGGCUGCGCAGAGUGUCUCUGUCAGAGAUUGGUUUUGGGAAACUGGAGACAUACAUCAAACUGGACAAACUGGGAGAGGGGACCUACGCUACAGUGUAUAAAGGUCGCAGUAAACUGACUGAUAACCUGGUGGCUCUGAAAGAAAUCCGCCUGGAGCAUGAAGAAGGAGCUCCGUGUACUGCCAUCAGAGAAGUGUCCCUGUUGAAGGAUCUGAAACACGCCAACAUUGUCACGCUUCAUGACAUCAUCCACACACAGAAGUCCCUCACGCUGGUGUUUGAGUAUCUGGACAAAGAUCUGAAACAGUAUCUGGACGACUGUGGAAACAUCAUCCAUGUUCACAACGUCAAGCUCUUUCUCUUCCAGUUGCUGCGAGGUCUGUCGUACUGUCAUCAGAGGAAAGUUCUCCACAGAGACCUUAAACCCCAAAACCUGCUGAUCAACGAGCGGGGGGAGCUCAAACUGGCAGACUUUGGUUUGGCUCGAGCGAAGUCAAUCCCAACAAAGACGUACUCUAAUGAGGUGGUGACGCUGUGGUACCGACCUCCGGACAUCCUGCUGGGCAGCACUGACUACUCCACUCACAUCGACAUGUGGGGUGUUGGGUGUAUCUUCUAUGAGAUGGCGACAGGUCGACCUUUGUUUCCUGGUUCCACGGUGGAGGAGGAGCUUCACUUCAUCUUUAAACUGCUGGGCACUCCCACAGAGCAGAGCUGGCCUGGGGUCAGCUCUAAUGACGAAUUUGUGGCAUACAACUAUCCUCAGUACAGAGCAGAGAGACUGAGUAACCACACUCCCAGACUCAGCAGUGAAGGAGUGGACCUGUUGUCAAAGUUCCUGCAGUUUGAAGGGAAGAAGAGGAUCUCAGCAGCCGAGUCGAUGAAUCAUCGUUAUUUCAGUAACCUUGGAAACAAAGUGACCGCGCUAGCUGACACCACGUCCAUCUUCAGUCUGCCGGAGAUUCAACUGGAAAAAGAAACGAUCAGACCAGCAGUCACACCUGAUCCAGCGAACAGUCCGGCCAAGAGGCGGAGUCUGCUCUUCUGACAUCACCGUGGAGGCGGAGCCUGCUCUUCUGACAUCAUCGUGGAGGCGGAGUCUGCUUUUUGGACAUCGUGGUGGAGGCGAGGUCAGCUUUUCAGACACCUACAGGGAAGAGGAGUCUGCCAAAUAAAGGGAAUAUGAAAGAAAAGAAGGUGAUGAUUUUUUUUUUUUUUUUUAAACGGGAACAGGAAGUAAAACAAAGGGAGAAAUCAAACUGAGCACUGAAGCGAUUGCUUUAUCAAGACAAGGGGAGAAGAAAAUGGACGGACCGAUGCAAUAAUGAAUCACAGCAGCCAUCCGACCAAUCAGAAGGGACGAUUGGGUUAAAGCUUAUUUAACAGAACAUGUGUUGGAGUGAAUUCUGUCUUCCAUUUUCAGAUUAAACACGUAAGACUCUCAACGGGAUCCUGUAAACAACGUCCACUGAAGUUUCGAUUUAAAACGGCUGAAAGACGUGAACGUGCGUCAUCAGUUCAGACAGGAAGUGCUGCAGAAAACCACCUGUUUUAUACUCUAAAUAUAAACUGAAUGUGACUGAAGAGAGCUGAUGAAGAACGUCAUUUUUAAAGUUUAAAGGUCUUUAUAAUCUGUAGGAAGUAUUGAACAGUAUUGCAUUUACACGUCGAUGUUAUUUAUUAUAAAAACAGACUGAAACUCUCAAA